AAGAUUGCCGGAAAACUGUGUUUCUUGUGCUUGAAAAAAAGCACAAGGACAAUUUCACCAUCAAUGGCACAGGAAAUUUCAAGCUUGUUUGAACAAAAGAUCAACUUUGAAGAUGAACGAACGCCAAUUGGGAUUUGUGAAGGAUGUCGUUCAACACUGCGCAGAACACUUGAUGGAAAAGAGGUUGUCAUGCCAAGACUCUAUGACUUUGAAACCAUCAAUGUCAGGCGACCUGCAAGCGGACUGAUCUGUGAUUGCAUUAUAUGUCAAGUUGGGCAGCUGAAGCUAAAUGAAUCCCAUCCUCUUGAAAAAGUCAGAAAAAUGACAACAAGUGAAGAGAAAGCUGUGAAUAAAAAUUCAACCUCUGACCACAGAUGUUCCAAAUGCCUCUCGGUUCUGGGCAAAGGAAUUUCUCAUGAAUGCACUGAAGCUAAGUUUCGUGAAAAUAUGAGAUUUUUGGCAUCAAAUGACAGCACAGUUGCUCAACAAAUUGCAGCUUCUGCAAUAGCUGGCACAGAUGCUUACCCUUAAGGAACAAUUCGUCUGGCUCAAGCAAAAGGUGGACGACCUUUACCUGUCACCCCAGGUCCUUCAAGUGCAAGAAGACUCUUUGGAUCAACAUCCUUAGUUACUGCAGGGGAUCUCGUUCAAGUGCAAAUCAAUACUGGAUUGUCAAACACAAACGUGAAAAAGUUAGCGACAACUUUGAACCAAGUUUCAGCAGUCCGAAUUACUGAGCCAAACAUUCGCUCCAAAUUUUCUGCAUUAGGAAACUUACUUGCCGGAUUUUUUAAUCAAACAGAUAUUCUACCUAAACAAGGCAAUGGAGUUAUUGGCAAGAAACUUGUAGUUCACUGUAAAGAUCUGCAAGAACUGAUAAAUGAAGUUCUUUUGUCACGAAAAGUCUUCAGCAAGCCACUAAUCAAACUUGGCAUUGAUGGUGGUGGUGGGUUUCUGAAAGUCACACUGGGAGCUAUUGAGAAAAUGCCUUGUGAAGAUGAUCCUCCUCCAUGUAAGAAAAACUUGACUACAAACUCUUCCAAAGAUAGUGGCUGCAAUCGUCAGCUUAUCAUUGCAAUUGCUGAAGAUUUAUUUGAAACCUAUUUGAAUGUCCAAAAUGUUCUGUCUCUCAUCAAGCCUAACCCUAAGGAUUUUGUUGUUUCUUGUGAUCUGAAGCUGGCCAACAUCCUCUGUGGACUUCAGUCUCACUCAUCACCACAUCCUUGCACGUGGUGUGAUGUCCCAUCAAAUAACCUUGCACAAUCUGGAAAUCUUCGCACCUUUGGGUCUCUAAAAUCAUCCUGUCAAGCUUUUGAUGCUGCAGGACGUGACAUGAAAAAGGCAAAAGAAUUCGGAAAUGUGGUUCAUCCUCCAUUACUUGCUUUGGAUGAUGAGCAAUUGGUUUUGGAUCUAAUUCCACCUAUGGAAUUGCAUCUGCUGCUUGGAGUUGUCAAUCACCUCUUCAAGAUCUUGAUGUCAAUGUGACCACAUGCUGAAAAGUGGCUAGAUGCUCUUCACAUAAAACAACAACCUUUCCACGGAGGAAAGAAGCUAUGCACCAUCACUUUCAUCAACACUGUCAAAGAUACAAGAGACCAUCAACCAAUCCAGAAUAUGGAAGGCAACUUCAAACAUGCAUAGUUGACUUUAACAGCAAGCAUCUUUAAAGGCAGUUUUGAAACAGGAGCAAAAGACUUAUUUCAAGAAUUAAAAAAGUUUUGCAUUAUUUUUGUUACAGUCUUUUUGUUAGAAUGUAUUAUUGUUUAUUUUUAUCAAGCCAGUGCUGUAAAAUGAAUGAAUACAUAUGAUAUCAUUGAAGAAAUAAAAUUAUCACUAACUCAAAUUUUUUGAUGCUGUAAAAAUGCAAAAAAUGGGUAUGCUGUCAUUUGUCUAGUUGCUGUAAUAUAAUAAAAAUAAAAACUCAAUUUAUUUUCC